AUGGCGCGCGUUUAUGCCGAUGUUAACGAGCAUAUGCCUCGGUCCUACUGGGAUUAUGACAGUGUCAACAUCUCUUGGGGUGUUCUAGAGAACUAUGAAGUGGUCCGCAAGAUCGGUAAGGCGCAACAACGGGAUCUCUCCGCCGUCACCCAACUACAUCGACAUGGUUGUCGCCGUGGAAAGUACUCGGAAGUCUUUGAAGGUAUCAAUGUUGUCAACUAUCAGAAGUGUGUCAUCAAGGUCCUUAAACCAGUCAAGAAGAAGAAGAUUAAGCGUGAAAUCAAGAUUCUUCAGAAUUUGGCAGGUGGUCCCAAUGUGGUAGCUUUGUUGGAUGUGGUCCGCGACAGUCAGAGCAAGACCCCGAGUCUGGUUUUCGAAAAUGUGAACAAUACCGACUUUCGCACCCUCUAUCCGCGAUUCUCCGACUACGAUGUCCGCUACUAUGUCUAUGAGCUCCUCAAGGCGUUGGACUUCUGCCAUAGCAAGGGUAUCAUGCAUCGUGAUGUGAAGCCGCACAAUGUCAUGAUCGACCAUGAGAAGCGCAAGUUGCGUCUUAUCGAUUGGGGUCUUGCCGAAUUCUACCAUAAGGGCACUGAGUAUAACGUCCGUGUCGCUUCUAGAUACUUUAAGGGCCCUGAGUUGCUCGUUGAUUUCCAGGAAUACGACUAUUCUCUGGACAUGUGGUCACUUGGUGCCAUGUUCGCAUCUAUGAUCUUCCGCAAGGAACCUUUCUUCCAUGGAAACAGCAACUCGGACCAACUGGUGAAGAUCGCCAAGGUCCUCGGUACGGAGGAGCUCUUUGAGUACCUGGAUAAAUAUGAAAUUGAGCUGGACCCUCAAUAUGAUGAAAUCCUUUCCCGUUUCCCCCGCAAGGCCUGGCAUUCCUUUGUCAAUGCCGAGAAUCAGCGCUUCGUCUCUGAUGAGGCAAUUGAUUUCCUAGACAAACUUCUCAGAUACGAUCAUGCGGAACGUCUUACCGCACAGGAAGCCAUGGCUCACCCCUACUUUGAUCCUGUCCGGCCAGAAGUGCAAGCUCAGAACAACAGGGGAUUGUAA